AUGUCGACCCUCCGGGUGCCCGAGUCCGGGCUGUCUCUCUGCAGAGACAACCUGGCCAACGAUUCCCCCGUCAAACCCACCCAGAUCAUGCGAUUGAACCUCGCCCAGUCCACCCUCGACGACCUGAUCCACUUGGAAGUCCAGAAGGCCAAGGAGGACACUGCGGCCACCGACCAGGCCCUGGCCAACCUCGAGCUCAGCUUGAACGCCUUUGAACGGGGCAAGGAAUCCAAGAAAACCCACAUCAUCACCGACAUUGACCAGGUGAGGGCCCUCCGCGCGGGCGAUAGCCGCUCCAGCACCGGCAGGCAGGCCGCCCUCCUGGCGGGAAAGCCCUCCAGCAAGGUGGAAUGGGAAAAGGAUCGACUCCUCAAAAAUGCCGCCAAUCGCUCUCUCUCCUCCAGCCCAGCCCUGGGCGUCACCCGGUCGCCCACCGCGUUGGCACCGCUCACCCCGACCUCCGCUCCCCUCGCCCAGAACAAGGACCGCGUGCGUCUCGAAGCCCUCAAGGUCCCCCUGAUCCACCUCCUCGCCGUCCGCGCCGUCUCGACCAAGUUCCUGGCCAAACAAACUCGGGCCUCCAUCGAAGACUGCGACGCCCUCGCGCGGCAACACUACGGCAUUGAGAACAAAUUCAAUCCCGAGAAGGAGGAAACGGGCGAAAAGGGAAAGUGCUUGUCCCCGCCCCGAUUCUCGGACGGGGCACAGUCAAGAAGGCUCUCACUCCUCGCAUCCAAGUCGAAGAAGAUGGCAAAGAAGGGGGAUACUACCGGUCCGGCGACCGACAAAGCCAGCGGGAAUGGCCGUGUGACCCCGACCCCCAGAUCUGCCCCCAUGACGCAAAAGAAACCCGCCGACAAGAAAGCCCCCGCAAAGAGUACUACGGCCAAGAAGAACCCAACAAACAGUACCCUGACGGGUCGGGUCCUGAAGAACCGAGAUCGGAAGGCGACGUCCAAGCCCGAUGGGAAGUUCAAAUCCGCCGAAUUUGUACAUGAUUCCGACGAGGAUGACACGGACAUGGCCGAUGCUUCAGCCUCGGAGCAACCCGCACCAGAGAAACCCAAACCACAGCCCAAGGCUCCUGUCAAGCAGACGAAGCCGACCGUCACGCGUGAGCCGUUCCAUGUACCAACGCCGCGAGUCGACCCGCCCGAGCGUGCACCACCCAAAGCUGAAUCACCCUCCAAGACUGCCGCCAAGUCCCCCGCGACCAAACGCCUUCCAUCCUCGCGGCCGCCCGCCCAGAAGUCGCCUCAGAAGCCAUCGCCUCUGGGCUCAUCACCCCCGACCAACGCAUCGGACAUACAGAGCCGCAGCCGUUCUUCCAGCCAAAACAACUCCGCGUCCAGCUCGUCCUCCUCCCCUCUGAUUACGCAACUCUCUCGACCGAAGAAACCAAUUACGGAUACUACCGACCCGGCUAAACCCAGAACCAACGGCGUCAUCAGGCCGCCGUCCGCCGUCAACCCGCUAAAGCGAAAGGCGGAGUUGGAUCGCCCAUCGACCACGCCCGCGCAAGGUCGCACGACGGGAGACUUGGAGCACAAACGACGACGCGCGGUGAGCACCUCCAGUGGCAGCACCACGGGGAGUGCCUCACCCCCGCUCAGUCGGGAAAUCUUGCUCCAGCAGCUGCGGGAGAAAUCCCGGCGGUUCAAGCAACGCUACGCGAAGUACCGAGCCCUGCACGACGCCAUGGCUAGCCAUCCGGACCCCCCGCGCGCGGAAAUGGAUCGGCUUGAAAAGUUCCAUGCCCAACUCCAGCUGAUGAAGAAGGAAAUCUGGGAUGAGGAUCGAAGACUGCGACAUGAUUUGUGA